GUAUUUACUUGUAUCGAUUCAUCCCUAUAUGUAGAUAAUUGCUAACCUAAUCGCGGUCAGAAAAAGUUGAUUACACAUUCCACGAAGCAGUGACACAGACCGUAUCUCGUGGCAAACAUGGCUCAAGUAUUGAGGAAAGCCGCUCUCAUAAUAUUUUCGGAAAAAUGUAUCGAGGAGUACUUCGAUGAGUUCAAUUUCCUUCACGUGGAAUGCUUCAAAGCGACGCUCAGCACAGUUCUAGGCUUUGGAAUUAUCAGCGGCUCUAUUCUCGUCAAAGUACCACAAAUUUUAAAACUUCUUCAGAGUAAAAGUGCGGAAGGUAUUAAUGUUCUAAGUGUGUUGUUGGAUCUAUUUGCUAUCACUGCUAUGGUAUCUUAUAGCUUUGUCAGUGGUUUUCCCUUUAGUGCCUGGGGAGAUGGAGUUUUUUUGGGAUUACAAACUGUGGCCAUUGCAGUUUUAGUAAUGCAUUUUAGCGGGAAUACUGCUCAAGCAACUGCAUUCCUUGCUGCGUAUGUAGCAGUAGUAUCUACUGCUGUGAGUGGGUUGACCCCAGUAAACAUUCUGUGGGCAUGCCAAGCAAUGAAUAUACCCAUUAUUCUCAUUAGUAAGUUAAUUCAAGCUCGCACAAAUUAUUGCAAUGGAAGCACUGGUCAGUUAUCAGCAGUAACUGGUUUCAUGCUUUUCCUAGGAUCUUUAAUAAGAAUAUUUACUUCUAUCCAAGAAACUGGAGACAUGACGAUGAUAAUAAUGUACAUAUGCUCCACAAUUGCAAAUGCAGUAAUAGUAUCCCAAAUGUUGUAUUAUUGGAACGUGGAUGUAUCGUGUAAAGAGAAAACAAAGAAAAUUCAAUAAGUAAAUUUUUCAAUAAUUUGUAUCCUAGUGGUAUUGGAAGUUCAACAAAUGAAACUACAGCAUUGAGCAAAAAUAAAUGAGUAUUCUAACGUUAGAAGUAAAAGAUAGGUGAAGAUUUUAUUUUCACAAAGAAAGUGCAAACAUUUCAAAAAAUUC